GCUGUCGGAGAGCAGCGCUCACCUGGGUGUGUCCCGGGUUGUUGUGUUUUUAUCAGCAGCUUCAGUUUCAGGUGAAGCAUUCGAGGUGCAGCAGAGAGACGGACAGAUUCUUUUCAUAGCACCCAGUGGACCAGUGGACCCAGCAGCCAUGUCCUCCAGGCCCAAUGGGAGUCCGCCUCCCUACGAGCCGAAUACCGGAUAUAACGUCGCCCCCCAGCCGGCCUACUCCUACUACCCGGACGACGAGUUCCAGCACUUCUACCGCUGGACGUCUCCGCCGGGCGUCCUCAAGAUCAUGUCCAUCAUCUCCCUCGUGAUGUGCGUGGCCAUAUUCGCCUGCGUUGCCUCCACGCUGGCUUGGGACUCUCAGGGAGCCCUGAGCGGCUUCGGGGGCGGCAUCGGGGGCGGCAGCUACGGCGGCAGCUACGGCGGCAGCUACGGCGGCGGCUACGGCGGCGGUGGCAGCUUCGGUAGCGGCGGUUCGUACGGCGCCGGGAACAGUUACGGCUACGGCGGGAUCGGGGGCAACUACAACGACCCCCGAAAGGGCAAAGGGUUCAUCAUCGCCAUGGCGGCCAUCACGUUCAUCGCCUGCCUCACCAUCUUCAUCAUCGUGGUGUCUCACCAGAACCUGUCGGAGAGCAGGAGGUUCUACCUGGCGGUCGUGAUCAUCUGCGCCAUCCUGGCGCUGCUCAUGCUGAUAGCCGCCAUCGUCUACCUGGUGGCGGUGAACCCCACGGCGCAGUCGUCCGGAUCGGCCUACGGCGGCCAGAUCGCCGGCCUGUGUGCUCAGUUCCAACAACCGCAGCCUUCGGGGGUCUUUGUGAACCAGUACCUCUACCACUACUGCGUCGUGGAGCCCCAGGAGGCCAUCGCGGUGGUGUUCGGCUUCCUGGUCGCCGUCGCGCUCAUCAUCAUGCUCGUCUUCGCUCUGAAGACACGCCAGAAGAUCAGAAACUUCGGCAAGAGCAACAUCUUGUGGAAGAAGGUGAAGGUCAUCGAAGAGAUGCAGCCGCCCCAAGACGUGGAGGCGUGGGUGAACAAUGUGUCCGUGGGCCCUGAAGUGCUCCCCAUGGCGGGCUACUCCGAGAAGCUGAGCGGCUCCAGGAGCCACCUGGACGACGAGAGCACCAACUACGACAAGCCGGCCUACAGCUACACGCCUCAGCCUCCGGAGGAAGACCUGCCGUUGCAGAACGGCGCCCCCUACGGCACGAACUCGGACGCGCCGAGCUCGGCCGGGAGGCCCAAGAAGAGACGCGCCGGUCGGCCGCGUCGCGCCGACGGACACGACCAAGACACGGACUACAACUCCUCCGGAGACGAGCUGGACGACAACGAGUUCGACAGUGAGUUUCCUCCAAUAGGAAACGAGCCGGACCGCAACGACUACAAGCGCCAGUUCGACCGCGACCACCAGGAGUACAAGGAGCUGCAGGCGGAGCUGGACGCCCUCAACAAGAGUCUGUCGGAGGUGGACCGAGAGCUGGAUGACCUGCAGGAGGGCAGCCCGCAGUACCUGGACGCGUUGGACGAGUACAACCGGAUUAAGAACAUCAAGAAGUCUUCCGAUUAUCAGGUGAAGAAGCGCAGGUGUAAAUACCUGAAGUCCAAACUGAACCACAUCAAGAGGAUGGUGAGCGACUACGACCGCCGGGGCUGAACGACGCUGAGCGACGUUUGACCUCCAACUCGUUCACUCAAAACGACUUUAGAGGACAGAGCGACGCUGAUCAACCACACACACACACACACACACACACACACACAGUAUCACCUGCCAUAGACGCUGUAAUAUGUAUUUAUUUCUGCAGUGAACACAAAAUAAGACAUAAUCCCCGUUUGUUUAUUAAUAGCUCUUUAAACGUGUGUUUUUUUUUUUUUUUAAACAUCUUGUUUUAAUUCUCAUUUUUAAUCUUAUCUCCUCGGCGAUAUAUAAACUUGUAAAUAUGUGGGAAACAGUUUUUUUAAAAUGUUUUUAGCGUGGCUGCGUUUCUUUAUUGACGGUAGAACACUUUUGCGUGUUUAAUGCGAUGUACUUUUACAAUGAGGUGUGGUAACCUUAUGCUUUUUAUGGAAAUAAAUUCAUUAA